GGGCCGGGAGUUACAGCAGUGCCGGGUCUGAAAUCCGGACAGCGCUGCUUCAGUGCAGCCGCCUGGGAAGCCGCUCGUCCCACCUUAUUUUCCCGGUCCACGAAGCUCCUGGAAGAUGGAGACUGCAGCUGAGAGCUGCCUGUGGUGGCACACGCCUGGAACCCCAGCACUCUGACAGGCUGAGGCAGGAAGAUGACAAAUUCAAGUCCAGCCUGGGUAAUUUGGCGAUUUAGUGAGACUCUGUCUCAAAGUAAAAAAUAAAAUUUAGCGAUUUAGUGAGGUUGCAGCUCAGUAGGUUCAGUCCCUGCACCCCGAAAAACAAGAGAGAGGCUUGGUCCAUACUGCAGGGCUCAGGAUGAGGGGACCAGCGUGCCUCUGGCAGCCGCGGCACGGGAAGAUCAGCUACCUCCACCUCGCCCCUGUGGCCUCCGUGCUCAGCCGCAUCCCAGCCAGGCAAGGAGCAGCUUCUGGGUGGCUGGCACGGGCACCGUGGCCGGCAUGCUUUCCAGCGCCUUGAUUUCCUUCCAUUGCUCAGGCUUUUUCUUGAAGGUUCCAUCCCUGUUUUUGGAAGAUUGUUCCGUGUCCGCGGACCUGGGCGAACUUCCGGUUUCUGCUGGACCAUCACCUUGCCCUCCAGACGGGGUCUCUGUCUUACCUCUCUGCUCCCUGGGAUGGGCCCCAAGUGCUCCGACUUCCUGUCCCCACAAACCAUGCUCCGGGGCCUCAUGGCCAGGUCUUUGUGGUCCCCCCCCCACCCCUUUAUUUUGAAGACAGCUUCUUCCUGGAUUGCCAAAACUGGCCUCAAACUCCUGGGCUCAAAGUGAUACUCCUGCCUCAGUCUCAUGAUGCCAUGCUUGAAAGGGGUCAUGGCUCUUUCAAACUACAUUUUUCAUUGCUGGAUGGAACUAAGGGCCUCAGGAAUACUAGAUGGGAUCUGUUACGGAGACGCCCGCUUCGACACCGUCAGUGAGUCAGGAACUGCCACGCUGAAGGCCCGGCCACGUGUGCGGCCCCUGCUCACCUUCCUUCCGCUGAAUGCCCAGGAGAACCAUGGACUGGCUGUGCCCACACCCUCUGUCCCUGAAGACUUUGCAGGUAAAUAUGUGACAGGUGGCAGCUCGCUGGUCAAUGGCAGCCUUCGGCUCUACAGCUCUGUGGGGGACCUGAGGCCCGAGCCCUAUGGCCAGGACACUCUCAUCCCCCCUCCUCCCCCAGGCCCGGCCCCAAGGCCACCCCAGGACUUGCCACAGCCUGCAGAGGAGUCCUCGCCACCACCACCCCCUUCCACAGCUCCCCCACCUCCCCCGCUGCUGGUGGAACCUCUGCCACCACCACCACCCACCAUGGCACCCCCGCCACCCCCUGGCCUGGACACCCUCUCCCCACCGUCCACACCCAGCUUGCCCGACUUCAUCCCUCCCGCACCUCCCUCAGUGACUCUGACCCCACCACCACCCUCUGUGCCAGCCCCACCCCCCCCAGUCCCCGCGUCUCCUCAAACACAGACACAGGAGACUAACCUCUUCCCCUCUGGGGGGGUCACCAAGUGGACAUCAGAGGUGGCCUUGAAUGGCAGACAGCCUGAGACCCCCAGAACCAGCCCCCCCAGGAGCCCUGCCGAGCCGAAGAGACAGCACCCUGAGACCCACCUCACUGUCCCCCGUUCAUCCAAGGUGCCUCCCCCGGCCCCAGUGCGGACUUCAUCUAUCCCAGCUCUGGAAGCCCAGUGGGCUCCCCCAGAGGAAGAGGGAGCCAUCAAGAAGGCCCCCAGCCGCCUCCCACUGCCCCCCAGCUUCCAUAUCUGCCCUGCAUCCCAGGUGUACUCUGACAGAGACCCUGAGCCAGACCAUUCUAGGGAGUCCCAGCCCAGGGCUCCACCCAGCCCAAGCCUCAGGCAGGCGGAGUCCCCCACAAAUGAACCACCUGGGCCUCCGCCCCCUGCCCCUCCCCCAUCCCCUCCUGCACUCCCCCCACCUGCACCCCCGCUUCCCCCUCCACUGCCUUCUGCUGAGCAGGCAGUCCCUCCAGCCACCGGACUGCCAAAGCACCCCAAAUCUAGCUUCCCACCUCUCAAACCCACCCCCAAAUCCAAACCUAAACUCCCAACUCCAGAGCCUGUGGCCUCCUCAGAGCCCAAAGACUGGCGCGAUCCCGGGCAGCUGGAGCAGCUGCGGAGCCAGCUGGCUGCCUAUCUCUGCGGGCCCAAGAGGGAGGACAGAGCCCUCGGUCCCAGGCCAGGCCCUGCGGGGGUCACUCAGGACAAGGAGGCCAAGAAGGACCCAAGUGCCCCAGCAGAGGCGACCUCCCGGAGCCUGCCUGACAAGACACUCCUGGGUGGCCCUGACAAGGGUCUCAGCCUGCCUCUGCCCCCAGUAGACUAUGACCCUCAGGACACCCCCAUGCCCAGCGUCCAACAGAUCCGGAAGGAGCUGGAGGCUCGGCUGUCUGCAUCUGCAGAGAAGGACACCAAGCUGGGUGUGGGCUCUCUGCCUCCCAAACCUCGGCUGGAAGUGGGGCGCAGCUUGACCAAUGGGACCGAUCAUGGCAAAUUCCCCAGGCCUGUGGCCAAGGAGCCACUACCUCUGUCUACCACCCCUCAGCGGGCCACACCACUGCAGUCCACGGCCACCCCUGGGCCAGCCACUGCCCCCAAGGGGACCCCUGGGUCAGCCAUGUCAUGCACGAGCACUUCGAAGCCCACCAUAACAUCCCGCCUGACAGCAGAGAAAGAGCCAGGCCCAGCUGAGCGAGGUGGGCAGCGGGCACAGCCAGAACCUCAGGAAGGUGAAGCGCCCUCCCAGCCAGGGGCAGACCAGCCUACAGUAUUGGUCACCACCGGGCCACCAGCACCCAAGAUGUCCCCAGGUCAGGAAGAAGUGCCACUCCUCUACAAGCCCCACAGCCACCAGAGCAGCCCCAGCCGCGAGGUUGCCACAGAGAUGCCCACGCCGGCCGGAGGAACGGUCACAGGUCCAGCAGGGCCUGCAGAGUUGAGGGAACCUCAGGACCGGCCAGCCGCAUCCCAAGGCCCACUCCGACCUGCUGACCAGCUGCUUCGGCACCCGGUGACUGGGGAGGUGGUGGAGCGUGGGUCCCCAAUGGCCCUGCUCCUGGCAGCCAGGCAGAGGGCCCAGAAGGGGCGGCCUGGCGGGCUGGCCCAGGGUCGAUCCUCCUUGCCCGGGAGCCUUCGAGGACACAUUGGCCCACCAGAGCCCAGGUCAGACAGCAUCUUCUACACAGACUGCAAGCCCCACUCGUUCACAGUGGUCCCCAAGUCGCCGAGGGUGGCGGAGAAGGCCAUCCUGUUGCCCACGUCAGCACGGCCUGAGGUGCCCAGUGAGCCAAAGCCCCCGGAGAGCACAGAGCCAACCUCACCGCCUCGGUGGACAGCCAUGCAGCCCCGUGCCUCCCGGGAGACCUGGGACAGACCUGUCCCCUCCAGCCUCCCGCAGGACCCCUUGUUUCCCCGGUCUCUGUCAUCCCCGCCUUCCCCUUUCUGCAGGAGGCAGGAUGAGAGCGAGGAGGAGUUCACUUUCGAGGUCAUUCCACCGCCUCCUGAGUUCAGCAACGACCCCGUUCCCUCACCGCCCAGAGACCCGGGGCACCCGCCGGCUCUGGCCUUCCCACGCGCUCUGGCCUUCCCCCGUGUCCCAGAGCGCAGCUCGCCUGGGGGCCGCUCACUCAUCAAGAAGCGGUUGUAUGUGGGUGAGGCACCCCGUGCCCCUGGGCCUGGCCGCAUCCAGGGCACCCCCAACGGCCCAGCACCACGCCGCAUCCCCUCGGGCGGGUGCCCACACCCUGCUGCAAUCCACGGCCGGCCGCGGGUGUCUCUGGAGGGCACUGUGGCACGUGGCACCAGUGAUGCCAAGUACAGAGUACCUGGGGACACAGCAGGAGAGCACCCCCUGGCACCCGCCACAGGCAGGUCGCACGUCAACACGUUCACCGUGAGGCCUGGGACGCGCCAUCCCAUCUCCUAUGCCUACCCCUGCGCCCACCGGAAAGCCAUGUCCUGAGCCUUUGGCUCUGGGCUCCACUCUGAGGGGUUGGGCCUGGGAAUCUGUCGCUGUUGGGGGGUGGGAGGGUCCAAGCAGGUGUCAGACAGCCUGAUCCAGACACAGACAAGUCUUCAUUCUGAAGACAGUCAGACGACAGGACGACAAGGCAGCUGGAGGGCUGCGCUUCUCAAAGCUCGGUGUGGGUGCAGCUGUGGAUCCUGCAGAUAGGGGUGGGGAGGGUGCAGAGGGAGGAGAGGACAAGUCCUGCUGGCCCUGAGCUUCCACUCUGGUACUGUUUGCUAUAGUGAGUCAGAGUCACUGAGAACAGUUCUUGGAGCUGGCCUACUGAACAAUGGGGUGCCGGGCAUGACAGGGAUCAAUUCCCAACCUCUAGCUCCAUGGAGGCCCAGGGUAGGAGACUUGGUGUGCACAGACAGGAGACUGAGCAUGAAGGCUGCUUUGCUGUUUAGACCCGAGCAGCACUUGGGAUUGGGCCCAAGGAGCCAGGAGGGCUGGGGCCUGACCACCGAAGCCUGAGUAACCUUCCUUCCAGGCCCCAGUGUUACUUGUGCAGGCCACGAUGCUGGCCAGCCUCAGAAGAUAGGCAGAGAGGUCGCUGCUGGCAGGGAAGGCAUUUCGGGAAGUCACGAGUGGCAGGACUGGCCCGUUCAGAGCAAAGGUGACCUAUCUGUGUGGUGAACACUUGUCCUUUGCCCUGAAAGCCCAGGCUGAUGCCUGUUUUCCAGUGAAUUAGAACCACUUAUGAAGUCCAGCUUGGCCUGACAUCAGGAACAAUCAUGUUUGCUCCCAGUGUCAUCUCCAGGUUGGGGACCAGGGAUCAGGAGGAAGGGCGAGGAGUGGCCUGUCACAGGGGCAGCCAGGCAGCAGCUUCCCUUGGAGCAAGACGUGGGUGCUUUAGCCAAGGUCGUGGGCUGCAGAGACAGACAGUAGAUGAGCCACUUCUGGGGAGAAAGCGCCUGAGUGGCUCCGGCCAGCCAGGGAGAGGACAGCAGGCAGCUCGACCCAGUGCUGGCCCUUGCUGUAGAAUAUGCCUGCAUUUCAUAAAAGAGUUCACUAAUUCAUCUGCUCUGUUGGGACUUGAGGAGAGAGGUGUGGCCGCCCAACUCCAGGUCGCCCUGGGGUGGGCGCGGGGAGGCUUGCUCUCACUUGGGAAACAUGAGCCAGUUGAGACUGGCCUCCCGCUCUGCGGCUGAGUGCUGAUCAGAGCUCCUGGGUGUGGGAGAUGCAGUCAGUUGUGCUGUCUCUCACCCCAGGUUUCCCUGUUCUCCAAAUAAGGAGAGCCAAAGGGUGGGUAUAACAACCGUGUCCUUCAGCGAGGCUCUUGGACUGUGGGAAGCCUCGUUUCUUCCGGACCCGACAGCCAAGUUCACCUCCGAAGGCUGUGAGGAUGGGAGACGACGGUGGCACACUCCUGACGAGGAUUCGGUGGCUGCUGGGCACCGGACACUGGCCAUGGCACAGACCUGGCUCCUGUCUCAGCAAUAGUGGAGGAGAGAAUAAAAAGAUGGGAUGGCAGCAUCACAAGUGAA